CAGUGACAACACUGACAGCACCAAAGCAACCUAACCGCCCACUGCCCACUUGAUCAAACAACUUUUCCUUUCUAUAUCGCGCGGAGAAUACCAACAACCAGUUGACGUCGAGUUGUUCAGGUGGCUGUGGAGUAGAUUUCGGUUGUUACAGCUGUCAAAAUAUCCAAAAAAAAAUGUUUAGUGGCCUCAACGUGUAGUGCCGAAUAGAAUUUUCAUUUAAAAUAGAGAGUGAAAAUUUUUGAACUAACGUUCUGGAAGUGUGGAAUAAAUCGUUUAUAAGUUCUUUCUUCUAUAAAUUAAGGCCCACAAUUUGACAUUAAAGAUGGAUACACACUCUAUUGGAAUUUUGAAGCUGUUUCUCUUCAAAAUGGUCGUAUUAGUCCUGUGUCUAACUUCCACAGCCAGUGCAGCGAAUCUCCCUCCAUCGACAACUUCACUUGAAGUAGCAUCGGAUAUUCGAGUUCAAUGUAAUAACGAUGAAAUUGUAGUGAGUAUAACUACUAAAUCAGGAAGAUUCAAUGGAAUGGUUUAUCCAAGAGGCCUUUCGAAAAACAGCACUUGUAUGGGAGAAUGGAUUCACAAGAAAUCACCUAUUGAAUAUACUCUACCUCUUAGAGGCUGCAAUACCAUGAGUACUGACCUGGACGAUGGAGGCAUAGAAUACUACAACACGAUUGUAGUACAGCCUCAUUUGAAACUGGUGACGAAUCAAGGUAGAGGUUUCCAUAUAAGGUGUCGCUAUAAUACUCGGAACAAUACAGUCACCAAUGAUUCGCUCAAAGUCGAUUUACAGGGCGCUGAUCGUUUAACGGCUCUGGCUCCUAUGCCUGGCUGUAGCAUGCGCAUCUUUUCGGGAGACCCAACCAAAAAAGAAGUGGCGGAAAACGUUAAAAUCGGGGAUCCCCUGACGCUCGUCGUAACUUUGGAUGAACAAGACACUUAUGGUAUCCACGUAACCGAUUGUUUAGUCAGAGACGGUCUCGGUUGGGGGGAACAAAAAUUGAUAAACGACGAUGGGUGUCCCACCGAUCCGGAAAUUAUGGGAAUGUUCCGGUAUUCUGAAGACAAGACUAAAGCCUAUGUGGAAUUCCAAGCACACAAAUUUCCUUAUACGGCUUCCGUUUAUUAUCAGUGUAAUGUCAAAUUGUGCUUGAAGGCAGAUAAAAGUUGUGACGUCGAGCCCACUUGUUGGAAUUCCAAUGGUAACAGAAUCCGGCGACAGGCGCGCUCGCAAACCACAGAAGGAGAAGGUACACCAGCCACCAUAAACGUAUACAGUGGUUUAUAUGUGAAUGAAGCCAACGAUUCCGCAAAAACUGAAGAAGAUUCCGUAUUUAGCGAAAAAACUUCAGACAGUAUCUGCAUAUCUCAGAAGAGUUUCGCCAUCGGAAUAUGCAUAGCGGGUCUCAUUUUGAUGCUGUGCGUUGUUGCCGCCAUCUUAUGUCUCCUGGCCAAGAGAAGGAAGAAGACGACUUCGCAUUCGAGCGGUUCAAUUUACAGCGGACCUUACACUAAUACCGCUUACAGCCAUACUAGUUAAAAUUUUAACGAUUUAAAUCAUUUUUUUCCCUUCUUUCGAUUCUUAAUUUUUUCACUCGUUUGUACUGCCAUGGUUUUCGAUCCAAGUUUUUUUUGAGGUAGCUCAAAGUGCCAUAAACUUGGUAGAAACUAAACUUUUUUCGAAAAAAAUUAACGCUCUUAUUACCAGAACCUAUAAUUUGGUAUUUAUCCUAUUGAUUGCGCCAAUUUUCUGGAAAUAUAUAUCAAAAUACAAAAUUUAUGGGACUUUUUGAGGUUCAGCUGCAACAUUUGUGAUAUUAAAAAUCGAGUGAACAUUUUUUUCGUUAAUAUACAGGGGUAAGGUGGUGGGUUAUUUGUACUUCUAAAAAUUGAAAAGGAACUAUCAAAAAACGAUUUUUCAUCUAUUGUAAAUCGUUAAAACAUAUUUUUUAUGUUUCUUUUCGUUAAACGGAACAAACCACUAGUGACUUACUGCGCCAAUUUAAUAUUCAAUACUCAAAUUCGUUAAUUCAUAAGAAUCCUAUUGAAUGCGCCAGUUUUACGAAUUUCAUUCGCGCACUUUUGGUUUGUUCCUCGUUUGAGUACGAAAUUUUCCUGGGACUCAGAAGCCGUGAAAAUUUCGUACUGGCUUCACUUUUUUUCCUUUAUCGAAUUUUUUUUCAUGAUUUUGAAUCACAAUCUCAUUGUUAUAAUGUACAUAAUUUACAAAUGAGAAUCUGGUUCCUAAUCGUUUAGUUAAAAACAUUUUAAUAAAUGACACUUCAAUUAUUUUUUUUUUCACUACCUACCCUACCCCCAAAAUAUAUGUAAUUUCAACUUUGGUAUCUUGUAAUUUGUAUCAUACCGACAUUAUUGACAAGUUGGAAUUUUUGGAACCGUUGGUGACAAUCAUACUGUAUACAACAGCCACUACACCAACACAAUGUCUGACGCACGUUUCGAUAACAAAGUUAUCGUCUUCAAAAUGAAGGACAGGGUAACCAUGAAAAAACGUUAUUCCAUCCACUUAUAGACGAGGGUAGACAAUCCCUCAAUGGAGCCCGAACCCUUCUGUGGUAUCAGAUACAGAACAUGAGGGUAGAUAGUAGCAAAACCAAUCAUUAGGACAACCAACAGGGGCUGAGACAGGUAAAGACUCUUCUAGGAGACUAUAAGCAGAGUAAAUCUUCUCAAUGUAUGAACCUAAUCUUCGAAUACUUACAGGAGUCCAAUCGAGGCACUAUCGCCUCAACAAACAACACCUGAAGAACUAGACCUAGCAGGUAAUGCAGAUUUUGUUGCACAGAAGACGAAACCUCUAUCCACAUUCUUUUAAAAUGUGAAGAAGUACAUCUUGGAGCGCUUGAAAUGGAAGAGGAAGAUAUCUGGUAGCUACAGCCAUCCUAUUAUCUAAGAGGAAAGAGAUUAAUAGAUCAGCUGUAAACACUGGUGGUAUACGAUAGAUCCUCUGGUUCACAUUAUAUAUGUUAGCCCAAUAUCCACAUACAUACAUCCACUUAUAAAACCCCAAUAUGGUAGAAAACUGAAAAGAAAUUGUCCAGCGGACAUACAAAACGGGUAAAGACUUGUCGCUGGAGAAGACCUCAUCACGUCAUAUACUCUGAAGCAAUCCCAUUAUGUAAAAGAACUGUAUGUUUUGAUUAUAAAGUGGUAUAAGAAAAAGGAGGAAACUGAAGAAAAAAUGAUUGGAUGUAGUUUUGAAGGAUAUUGGAGGUAGAACCGAAUUGGAGCGCAAAAGUACAGAGUCGCAACCCGCGGAGAAGAAAGGUCGAUGUCGUUUCACUCUCAUUUGCAUGUAAAUAGACAAUUCUAACCUAUCAUUUAUAAAGGAUUGUACUAAUUGAUGAUCUUCUGUAUAUUGGACUGCUGGAAUAAGCUGUUGCAGAGCCCCACGGAGUUGUUUUAAGAAACCCUUUAAUUCAACUCAGUGAUGACUAAUUUAAAAAAAAAUUUGGGUAACCAAUGAAACUUUCAAAUUUAUU